AUGCUGCGACAACUCGCUAUUUUCGGAUUUGCACUUUUUGCAACAUGUGCAGCUGAUUGUGGUGCAGGUCGAGAUCCAGGAAAUGCAGCUUGCGCAUCACCACAGGGUGGCCAGCGUUUUUAUUUUGAUGCACAACGCCGGGUUUGCCAGCCUUUUACAUAUCGGGGCUGCGGCGGCAACGACAAUCGCUUCGAGACCAGGGCCGCUUGCUUGCAAAGCUGCCAGAACGCGACGAUUUCGCAGGCCGGACCGAUAGCCCUGUGCCCAGCCGGAAAUCCUGCCGCCGUCGACGCGGGUGAAAAUCGGGUGAGCUGCCAGAACUGCCCGCAUGGAUAUGAGUGCCAAGGAAAUUUGUGCUGUGCCAACCGGGAAACGACGUGUAGCCUACAGUACGAUGCCGGGCGCUACGUUGCUGGGAGAAGCCACACGACAAAAUACUUCUACAACCCAGCCAUGCAGUCCUGCAUCCUGUUUACCUACUUUGGGUCUCAGGGAAAUGCCAAUAAUUUCGAUUCUUUUAACCAGUGCAUGCAAUACUGUAAACCACAA